AUGGCUUCAGCUUCGGAUUUAGGGUCAACGGAUGAUUACGAGGCGUUGAUGUCGAUGACCGAUGUGGAGCUUUUGAAGAGCGCGUGGCGGCAAGAGAAGGCCGCUCCGGAGAUUCUUCAGUUCGAGAGUCGUUUGAUUAAGAGAGUCAGAGAGCAGAUCCAACUGAUGGAAGAAACCGUGGAGGAAUUUACUGAAAGUGGUUUUGAUCCACUUACUGUGUCACUCUACCAGAUGGAUUUGGACAGGACUCAGUUCUUGUUGAGAUCUUAUCUACGAAUUCGUUUGCAGAAGAUUGAGAAAUACAUGUUUCACAUCUUUGCUACUGCUGAACUUCUAACACGUCUAUCUAAAGAGGAGAAGUGGUUUAUUGAAAGGUGCUGUGUUGAUUUGCAGACGCAUCUUGAAAAGAGCGUCCUGUCGCAAUUGCCUUAUACUUAUCAGUCUAUAUUUCAGCAAUCUGUAAUUAAUGAUGAGACUGACAUGGUGGCAAAACCGCAAUUGGACACAUUUGUUGUCUGCAAAACCAAGUAUUAUCUUGGACAUAUCCAGCUUGAGGACAAUGCAGAUGGAGAACCAGAUGGCAGUUCACCAUAUGACAGUGGGAGCCAGAAACCACUGGAGGAGCCUUUUGAGAUGGAGCCCAAUGUUUUAUACUUUGUACGUUAUAAAGCAGUGAAGAAAUUUGUAGAGGAAGGGAAGAUUGAUUUAUACUGA